AGAGUUCAGUGAGGUUUUCAGGGCUGUGUGAGCUGAACGGUGGAGCCAACAAGUAGUCGAGCUGUCAGUUAGUUUGCUACCAUGAUGUACAGACAUCUUCUCCCGUUGGUAGCUUUGAUACUGAGCGGGUCUGAAAUGACUCUCAGUGGUAACAUACUGGUUCUUCCUGGUGAAUUCAGCCAUUGGCACAACAUGCGCGUAAUCAUGGAUGAGCUGAUCGCUCGGAAUCACAGUGUGACUGUUCUUAUCCAUUCAGCGUCACCUUCGAUCAACUACUCGCAAAAGGAGAACUUCAAAUACAUUGUUUUUAAGAUCAGCGUGGAAAAACAACACGCAGAGUUCGUGUGGCAGAACUUUAUUAACGUUUCGAUGAAUGAGACGACCACCGGGAUUCGGACUUUGUUGUUGUUUUGGAACAUAAUGUCUGAAAUUCAGAGUUAUCUCUUAUCAAUAUGUGAGGGAAUGAUGCUCAAUCAGGAGCUCAUAGCUUCACUCAGGGAGUUACACUUUGAUGUAAUGCUGUACGAUCCUGUGAUGCCAUGCAGUGAUCUGUUGGCAGAGACCCUCGGCCUCCCCCAGGUGAUGUCUAAUAGACUGUCUUUGGCAUACAGUUUUGAGAGACUGUGCGGUCAGUUGCCAACACCACCGUCGUAUGUGCCCGCUGUUGCCACCCAAGGACAUCUCACUGACCACAUGAACUUCAUAGAGCGGGUAGAGAAUGUGCUGUUGUAUGUUGCUCACACGGCAUUGUACAAACUGCAAAUGAUAACGUUUGAUAAACAUUACACCAAAAUAACAGGCAAACCCACAACGCUAUGUGACACUAUGGGAAAAGCAGACAUCUGGUUAAUCAGAACUUACUGGGACUUUGAGUAUCCAAGACCACUCCUGCCGAAUUUCAAAUUUGUCGGGGGGCUGCACUGCAAGCCUGCAAAGCCACUUCCAAAAGAGAUGGAGGAGUUUGUUCAGAGCUCAGGAGAUGAUGGCAUUGUGGUGUUUUCCCUGGGCUCCAUGGUGAAGAACGUCACCAAACAGAGAGCCAACAUCAUUGCUUCAGCACUCGGGCAGAUCCCACAGAAGGUCUUGUGGCGGUAUAUGGGAGAGAAACCAGACACUCUUGCCCCAAACACAAGACUCUAUGACUGGAUUCCCCAGAAUGAUUUACUAGGACAUCCUAAAACCAAGGCCUUCAUCACUCAUGGUGGGACUAAUGGUCUUUAUGAAGCUAUUUAUCAUGCUGUCCCAAUGGUGGGCAUUCCACUGUUUGGUGACCAGUCAGAUAAUCUGUUCCACAUGAAAACUAAAGGAGCAGCUGUUAUGCUUGAAUUCAACAAAAUGGAGACCAAAGACCUGAAGGACGCUCUCACUGAAGUUAUUAACAAUCCAUCGUACAAAGAGAGCAUCAUGAGGCUUUCCCGAAUCCACCAUGAUCAGCCGAUGAAGCCGCUGGACAAGGCUGUCUUCUGGAUUGAGUUUGUGAUGCGCAACAAGGGGGCCAAGCACCUGAGGGUGGCGGCCCAUGACCUCACUUGGUACCAGUACCACUGCCUGGACGUCGCUGCCUUUUUGCUGUCCAUAGUCGCUCUGGUCACGUUCAUCUUUGUGAAAACGUGUGCUUGGCUCUUCCGUAAAUGUUACAGAAGGACCUCAGCAAAGAGCAAAAAAGAGUGAAGAACUGAAUGAACAUCACUGUGUUAAUGACUACUGUGAUAUUUUCACAUUGGUUUAAAGUCUGAAGUACUGUAUUGUACUGUAAAUGUACAGCAAACCUGCCUCAAGUUUUUUGCUACUUAACCCUAGGUUCUCACUGAUUUCAACAUAAGUAAUCAAACACGUUUUACAAAUCAUUUUCACUGUUCUCGACAGCACUCAAAGGGAUUUUAUUCAUAUCUUGUACAGUGUUUUCUUUUGAAUAACAUGAAAUUUUGAUUAUGCAAAUGUCAAAUCAACUUAUUUUUUUAGAUUAUUUGGGGCAUUCUGUGCAUAUAUAACUGAUCCAGUGAAAGUGUCUGCUCUGUUUUAUGUAUUUUAAUAGAUAGACUGAAUUGUAAUGUGAUUUUGCUGCAGAGUUGAAACUUGAAUGAUGACAAAAACUGACGAAACAGAACAAAAUAUGACCACAAUGCAAUUUUAAAUGAGAGGAAUUAUAGAUGUAGAAGAAUCAUAGAAUCAAGAAUCAAAGAAUUUUAGCGUAAUACAUGAGUAAUGAAAAAAGACUAAUAAAGAAAAUACAUAUAAA